AUGGGCGCGUACGGACGCUCGUCGCCGAAGCUUGAGGGGCCUUUUCGGAAUUUCGAAAUGCGAGGAGCACAAGCCAAAGCAGUCCCCGCCGGCGAUGACCCGCUGCCGGGCGAUCCUCGCCGGAACCCUAGCUGCGCCUCUCCUCGUCGUCCUCCUCCUGCUCGGGCCCUCGACGACCCCCGCGCCGCCGAGCGAUCUGCCCUACUCCAGUUCAAGGCCUCCGUCUCCUCCGACCCCGAUGGACUCCUCGGCCUCUGGUCCGCCGGAGGAGGCGGCGGAGACCACUGCUCAUGGCCUGGGGUCGCGUGCGACGCCGGCUCCCGGGUUGUGUCCCUCAGCAUCUCCGCCGAGGGCGGCGGCUCCUUCGCCUCAUGCCCCGGACCCUUCCCCUCUCGCCGGAGCCGCCCCGAUUCCGGCCGGAGACUCGCCGGGAAGCUGAGCCCCGCCCUCGGAUCGCUGCCGCAGCUUCGCGUCCUCGCUCUCCCCUUCCACGCCUUCUCCGGCGAGGUCCCCGCCGAGAUCUGGGCUCUGGAGAACCUCGAAGUGCUCGAUCUUGAAGGGAACGGCGGGCUCUCCGGCUCCCUUCCCUCCGUCUUUCCCCGCCGCCUGCGGGUCCUCAAUUUGGCUUCCAACCUUAUCCAAGGUGAGAUCCCCGCCUCGCUCUCGAAAACCCUAGGUUUAGAAACCCUAGACCUCUCCUUCAACCAGCUCAACGGCUCCAUCCCGGCGUUUCUCGGCACCCUCCCUAUGCUUAAGCAGCUCUAUCUCUCUUUCAAUCGGCUCAGCGGGUCGAUCCCUGACGAUCUCGGAGCCAAUUGCGCAACACUUGAGUACUUGGACCUAUCCGGGAACCUUCUCGUUGGUAGCAUUCCUCUUAGCUUGGGAAAUUGCACUAAUCUUCGAUCGCUACUGCUCUUCUCCAACCUAUUGGACGAUGUUCUCCCUUCCAGUCUAGGACAGCUGGAAAAGCUUCAAAUUUUUGAUGUUUCAAGGAACAGCCUAAGUGGCCCUGUACCUCCCGAGCUCGGAGGGUGCAAGGAGUUGUCGGUUCUCGUUCUUUCGAACCCUUACAAUUCACCUGCAAUUUCCAAUAGUUCAACCAAUGUGGACGUUGAUGAUUUUAACUAUUACCAAGGUGGGAUCGCAGGGAUUACAGCUCUGCCGAAACUUAGGGUCCUCUGGGCCCCUAGGGCAAACCUGGAGGGAAAAAUUCCGAGCAAUUGGGGUGCUUGCAAGAGCUUGGAAAUGGUUAACUUGGGCGAGAAUCAUUUUACCGAAGGGAUUCCAAAAGCCCUAGGGAAAUGCAAGAAUCUUAAAUAUUUGAACUUGAGCUCGAACAAACUGACCGGAUCUAUCAGCGAGGAGCUUCCUAUUCCUUGUAUGGAUUUUUUCGAUGUUAGUGGAAAUCAUCUAUCUGGCUCCAUCCCGAGGUUUAGCCCUACGGCUUGCCCUUCCUCUAAGCUCCCAUUCGAUGACCUUGCCUCCACAUACUCUUCCUUCCUUGUGUGCAAAAUUCGUGCAGAAAUAUCAUCGUAUGCCGGUGAUGAUAUUAUGGUUUUUCAUAACUUUGGCCAGAAUAAUUUUACUGGAGCUCUGCCGUCUUUACCGCUGGCUGCUGAGAAAAUUGGAAAUCAAACUGCUUAUGCUUUUUUGGCUGAUGGAAAUAAUCUUGUUGGUCCAUUGAACAAUACUCUUUUAAGUAUGUGCAAUUUCUUAAAUGGUUUCAUCAUUGAUCUCAGCAACAACCUGAUUUCUGAUGAAAUUCCGGUAGAAAUCGGUGCCAUGUGCAAAUCUCUUUUGGUUUUUGCUGUUGCUGGUAAUCGAUUUACUGGGAUGAUUCCUCAAAGCAUUGGGCAAUUGGAUAACCUUGUCAGUCUUGACUUGAGCAGGAACAGUCUUAGCGGUGAGAUUCCUUCAAGUAUUGAGAAUUUGGCGCGUUUGCAGCAACUUUUAUUGGGUAAUAACUUUCUCAAGGGUAACAUUCCUGCUGGCUUAGACAGUUUGCAGUCGCUGAAAAUUUUGGAUCUCUCCUCGAACUUACUUUCAGGAAAAAUCCCUAGUGGCCUUGUGAACUUGAAAAAUCUCACCACACUUCUUCUCGACAACAACAGCCUUUCUGGAGAGAUUCCUUCUGGUUUUGCUCACGUGGCAUCUCUUACCAUGUUUAAUGUGUCAUUCAAUAAUUUAUCUGGGCCGCUUCCUUUAAAUGCCAGCACAAUAAGAUGCGAAAGUGUUCUUGGAAACCCUCUACUGCAGUCCUGUCAUGUAUUUUCCCUAUCUGUACCACCAUCGGACCGUCAGUCUUAUGGCAGCAAUUCACCAAACUACAGUGAUUCCAUGCCUCAAAGCUCUCCGAAUAAGAGUUCAAACAGUGGGUUAAGUUCCAUUGAGAUAGCCUCAGUAACAUCAGCGACUGCAAUAGUUGCUGUCCUCUUCGCCGUCAUUUUGCUUUUCAUAUACACAAGGAAGUGUGCACCUCGAUUUACAGUUCAGUCUAAUCGAAGAAGGGCGGUCACAGUAUUUACUGAUAUAGGGGUUCCAAUAACUUUUGAGAAUGUAGUUCGGGCCACAGGGAGUUUCAAUGCGAGCAACUGCAUUGGAAGUGGAGGAUUUGGAGCCACUUACAAGGCUGAGAUUUCGCCAGGUGUUUUGGUUGCUAUAAAGAGACUGUCUGUUGGACGGUUCCAAGGGCUUCAACAGUUCCAUGCUGAGAUCAAAACCCUAGCAAGAUUACGCCAUUCCAAUCUUGUCACCCUAAUUGGUUAUCAUCUUAGCGAAUCGGAGAUGUUUCUCAUAUAUAACUACUUACCUGGAGGAAAUCUUGAGAGAUUUAUACAGGAAAGGCACAAGAGAGCAGUAGACUGGAGGAUGCUUCAUAAAAUCGCAUUAGACAUUGCUAGGGCACUCGCUUACCUUCACGACGGCUGUGUGCCUCGAAUUCUUCACAGAGAUGUUAAACCAAGCAACAUUUUGUUGGACAAUGAUUUCAAUGCUUAUCUCUCUGACUUCGGAUUGGCAAGACUUCUGGGUAAUUCUGAAACCCACGCAACUACUGGUGUGGCUGGAACCUUUGGAUAUGUUGCUCCUGAGUAUGCAAUGACUUGUCGUGUUUCUGAUAAGGCCGAUGUCUAUAGCUACGGGGUGGUACUAAUGGAGUUGAUCUCAGACAAGAAAGCCUUGGACCCAUCGUUCUCACCGUAUGGGAAUGGUUUCAAUAUAGUUGCUUGGGCUUGCAUGUUGCUUCGCCAAGGCCGAGCUCGUGAGUUCUUUAUCGAGGGUCUGUGGGAUGUGGGGCCUCAUGACGAUUUGGUGGAGACCUUGCAUUUAGCUGUCAUGUGUACAGUUGACUCGCUUACUAUCCGGCCCACAAUGAAGCAGGUUGUCCAGCGGCUAAAGCAACUUCAACCUCCUACCUGCUAGCAGCAAAUUAAUGCUUUGCUAUUAACAGAUUCACUACUUAGAGAGGUACAGUAAGUUGUAACUUGUAGUCUUUGUGCCAAUAAUGAAUGCAUGAUUAACAAAAUUCACAGUUAGGAAGGUACAUUUAGCUGUAACUUAUGGUCUAUGGUACAAUUUUCAAAUUUAUAGACUUCGCCUUUGUGCUUUAGAUGUCAACUUUGUAUAAUAGAUCUUUUUUUUUUCCGUCUUCCAUUCCUGGGUGUUCAAUGUAACUGCAAAGGGAAAGAAAACAGAAAUGCAAAUGUAAAUUACUAGAUUGAUUUCAAAAUUGAUCCUUGUACUUGACUUUUCAUGUUGUA